CAAGUGACAUUUCUCACCCACCUGUCAAAAUUUGUUUAUAGCAAAGUAGAAAGAACCCAAAAAAUGAGUGUAGUGCGAGAGAAACGCGAGACCAUCCCCCGAGCACUCCCGCCCCCCGAUUCCUCCAAAGCCAUCACCCCGGAGGACGUCCUCCGCUUGACGAAAAUAACAGACACGUAUUUGUGCGACCCCGACGCCAACAUCUACGACAUAGACUUCACGAGGUUCAAAAUCAGAGACUUAGAGAGCGGCGCCGUCCUCUUCGAGAUCGCCAAACCCCUCCCGGAGAACGUCGACGAAAACGAGAAAAAUUCGGAGGGCGACGACCCCAUCGACCCCAAUUCGGGGCGCUUCGUGCGCUACCAGUUCACCCCACAGUUUCUCAAAUUGAAGACAGUGGGAGCCACGGUUGAAUUCACGGUAGGUGGCAGACCUGUCAAUAGGUUUCGCAUGAUUGAGAGGCACUUCUUCAGGGAUAAGUUACUCAAAACGUUUGAUUUUGAAUUCGGGUUUUGCAUCCCCUACUCGAGGAACACCUGCGAACACAUUUAUGAAUUUCCAGUGCUGCCACCCGAUUUAGUGAAUGAAAUGAUCGCCUCUCCUUUUGAGACUCGUUCGGACAGUUUUUACUUCGUCGACGAUUUUCUAAUAAUGCAUAACAAAGCCGAUUACGCUUACAAUGGAGGAAUGUCGACAUAACCUCGAAAAAGUUAUACAGGGUUGUUACAAUAAAUGUAUACCGAUGUAAUUCACAUUUUUUGUGUUUGCACUGUUCACGAUAGCUUUGAACGAGAUAUAGCACUGUAGCUUUUUUCUACAAUGAUUUUUUUGUAGAAGGCAGAAAAUUUAAAUCAAAGUGAAUAUGCAAUAAACUAGACGUGUUGCACAAGAAUUUAUGAAACAUUGUGCAGAAAAAAUCAGGUAAUGAUAUUUAGGGAUUUUAACCAACACUUGACACUUUAAUUCGUUAGGAAUGUGAUAAAUUUAAAUGUGUUCUAAAUUGUGCAUUUAUUUAUAAAAUAUACCAUUGACUGAU